CCCACCCACCCACACACACACACACACACUUUGCUCCAGCCAGGCAGUGUGUGGAGCGUCAGACAGACGGGGAGAGAGAGCGAGGCAGCAGCAGCAGCACUGUGAGGAGAAACCAGAGCCGCUGAAACACCAGACGUCUGCCGGAGCUGCCUGACAGUCCUAAAUCAGGGUUUACAGCAACAUUUGAUGUCAGUUGUGAUCCUCAGUGCUGACAGAAGGCUCGUCUCCUGGUGGGAAAGUCCUACAGUUGAUCUCCCCGAGCAUCUUUACGGACUGAGACCUGCUCCAGAGAGUUUUCACUCAAAACAGACAUCUGAAAGGAUACAGCAGGAUUGCACUCUCUUUCACAAGGAGAGUUUAAUCAUCUGGACUUUGCAGACAACCUGCAGACUUUCUGACAAUUCUUGAGUUUACUUCAGUAGGUUUUGUAGAGUUGAAUGUCUGAUAUAAUCCUUUUUUUUUUUUUUUUUUUUUUUACAGUUUUGUUACUCUCUUCAAAGGAAACCCAGACAACUAAAGGACCCACAAGCCGCAAGGAUUACUCCGAAUUUUUUGAUUUCUUUUUCACAAAGGGAGAAGUUAUCAGUAUUUUGCAGACAAUUUGCAAACGACCUUGUGGAUAAUUUCAGUAGUUGUUGAAGAGUUAAAAGUCUGAGCUAAUCAUGGUUUUGGAGUUUUAAAAAACCCAUAGGAUUUACAAGCAACAGGAUUGCAAAUAUUUUUAGGAUUUCUUGUUCACAAAUGAAGGAGAGAAGUUUAGUCAUCUGGACUUCGCAGACAACCUGCUGACAAUUUAUUUCAGUAGCUGAAGAAUGCUGGUUUUUGAGUUUUGUCCAUCACACCAAACUAAAACCAGACGACUGACGUACCUACAAGCAGCAGGAUUACAAACCUUUUUCACAAAAGAGGUCAUUUGAGUCAUGAGUUUACAGACAAUCAUUCAUUUAAUUUAAUAGGUUUUGCAGAGUUAAAAGUCUGAGCUAAUCCUGAUUUUGGAGUUUUGAUCAUCACUUUAAAGGAAAACCAGACAACUAAAGGACCAACAAGCAGCUCGAUUACAAAGAGUUUUUUGAGUUUAAUAAUCUGUUUUCUGCAGACAACUUGCAAACAAAAAAAAUAUUCUGAAGUUGGAACUGUUUAAUGAUUUAACGAUAUCCUGACUUGCUGACAAUCCUUCAGUUAAGUUCAGUAGGUUUUGUUGGAUCACUUAAAGGCAAACGACAAGCACGAGGAUUACAGACAGAUCACAAUCAGGGAGAAGUUUAAUAAUCCAGAUUUUACAGACAAACUACCAACAAUCUUUGGAUUUAUUUUACGAGUUGUUUUAGAGUGAAAUGUUAACCAGACAACUGAAGAUUGUGUUCACCUGAUUUUUAUUUUGCAAAGAAUAAUUUGCAGUGAAAUUAUAAAAUUUGGGAGUUUUUUGUGUCGUUUCAGAAGCAAAUCAAGGACAACUUUACCCAGAUCACUGACGGAUCUGAAGCUGACAGGAUUACAAAACCUCGUCAGAUUUUUACUUUUAUUUUUUUCCUUUAAGUGAGAAUAGUCGUUUGGAUUUUGGUUUCUCUGUCAUCUCAUGAGACUUCUACUAAGGACACUGUCCGCUGAAUCUUUUCUAAGGCAGCAAGGAGUUAACUGUGACUCUUAAUGUCUUGUGGUUGCUCACCAGACUUUUGCGGACAUCCUUUUACAUUUUCAUAGAUGCAUGACGGCUCUAACAGCUGCUGCUGCGACUCAAGGACUUCAAGGACUGUCUGCUGUCAUUUUUUAAGAGACUGUAAAAGUUGACAUUGAAGAAGCAGGAUUUGGCUCUGAUUAAAUAAAAACUGCACAGAUCGGCUUCAGAGGCCACAUCGAGAGCUGGGAUUCGGAGAGUAAGAUUUCAUCUCUCUGUGACAGACGAUAACGACGAAGUCCGCCUGGCAAGAAUCUGUCCAAGGACAUCUUUUUCCAUCAUUCACCAUCUCCUUUUUCAGAGAUCAGAGCUGUAAAAAAAAAACUCCUCUGCUGACACCAACAAAGCAUUUUUCUCUUUUUCUUCUUCAAAGACGCUUGUUAAAGGACAUUUUCCAUCAUCGCAGAGCUCUUUUCUUUGGAUAUUUCCAUCGUUUCUUUUUCCAAUCUGAAGAUUUUGUUGGAUGUUUUGAAGUUUUUUUGCCCUGUAAAUGAUUUUCAGCUCAAUGGUCAGAUGACCACAGAAACAACGGAGACCAUGAGGAGGUGAUGCGAGGACACUGACAGCUUUUGGAGGAAGCAGAGGGUCCGAUGGGAGAGUGUGUGUGUGUGAACAGAGUGUGUUUAUGUGAAGAAACUCUGUGUUUGUGAGUAGAGUUGCACGCAUGUGCAUCCAAAUGCUACAGUGCACUGCAGACGGGCCCAGACACCCAUUGAUUGUUAUUUCCUGUUGCUCAAUAUUUGUUGACUCGCUGUGAGGAAAACAAAUCAACCAGUCAGAUAUGAAAGAAGGAAAUCUCAGCACGGACAAACAAAAUUUCCAAAUAUUUCUUGUGGAAACGCUGCAGAGCCAAGCUGGAGGUCGGACCAGUCAGCUGUCACAGUCUGGAAUGUGUUGCUCUGAUUUCAUGAUUACGGAGAACUCUCCUCUUCUGCUGUUUUUGUUUUUCGGCAGAGUUUUAUCCUAAACUGAUUGUUUUUUGGGAACAAAGCGGUCCAAACACUUGUUUUCAUUUCGCUGAGACGGACCAUCAGACGGCUGGCGGCGACACACAAUCUCGGAAAAAAACAAAAAAAAAAGGUCUUGAUGUCACAGAUGUGUUUUGAUGAGUGACAUCUUGGAUUACAGCAGUGCUUCAAAAUUUCCACCUAAAUUAAUUGCAGGAGCAUCAUGGGAGUUGUGACGACACAAUAAAAGUCUGGGUCUUAACUGGUGUAGCAAGAUGCACUGGCAAUAUCAUUAACUAUAUUAUAAUACGAAUGUACAAUUAUAUAUUUUAAUCAAACACAAUAAUUGAUAGCUUAACAAUAUUAUUUUUUUUUUCAGUUUUAACAGCACAUUUAAUCAACAUGACCUCAUAGGUAUUUAUUUUCCUUUAAGAGGAUUAUUUAACAUUUUCAAUCUACUAAAUUUAGCUUUUUUGUCCUACUGCUACACCAACAUUUUUGAGAACUUUUUAGGAGACAAUUCACCAGCUAUUUUGAAGAUUUUGGACGCUUUUUGGCAGCAUGCUCCCAGGAGGACUGAUGUCAGGCGGAGGGGGUCGUGGUGGCGGCGGCCUGUGCCUGCUGCGGUGGCUGGGUCUCAGGCUGUGGUCCCGUCGGGGGACCCUGGUGUUCGCUCUGCUCUGGUUUGGCUCCUGGUUGUUCCUGAACGGCCUGGUUCUGGUCCACAGGAGCAUCCUGUCUGACUACUGCACCGACGACAAGAGCAAGAGGAUCCUGCACAGACUGUGUCUGGAGUUCGGCGAGGGUUCGGUGACGGGGGACAUGUGUGAGGAUCUGUGUGUGCUCGGCCUGGUCGAGUACAAGCGCUGCCUCUACUAUGAGAACGGGAAGAAGGUGAUCGAGGCGCGCUGGAGAGGAAACCCCAUCAUCCUCAAGUCCAAACUGGAGAAUUUCUCCUCCUACGAGCCACUGGGAAUACUGGACUAUCAGGAUACAGCAGAGGAGCUCUCCCCUCUCGAUGUGGUUUUCUACGCCACUUUGGAAGUGCGAAACUCUCUGGGCCUGGCUGAGGAGGAUGAGGAGGAUGAAGGAGGAGGAGGAGGAGGAGGAGGAAGUAACAGCUCUCUGGCCAGACUGUGGGGGAAGAAACUGAAAAACAGAGACAAGAGCUACUCCAGAGCAGAGCUGGCUUCACUCUGGUCCCUGCUGCAGCAGGAGGAGUACACCUUUCUCAGAGUCCUGCAGGACCUCAGCACCCACGUAGCCAAGGUGUUGGGCUCCUGCGGACACUUCUACGCUGUAGAGUACCUGUCUGCUGGACACGCCUGGGACCAGAACAUCUUCUCUCUGGAGGAGGUGGCGGUUUCUGGACUGCAGGGUCCGAGCCAAACUGGAGCCCGAGGGAGGUGGGCCGCCCGGGAGAUGGUGCAACGCAUCGCGCUGAGUUUUCUGGACAUGGUGUGGCACUUUGAUAAUGACUUCACCCACAAACUGCACCUGUGUGACAUCAAACCUGAGAACUUUGCCAUCAGGAAGGACCUGACGGUAGUAGCCAUCGAUGUGGACAUGGCGUUCUUUGAGCCGAAGAUGAGGGACAUCCUGGACCAGAACUGCAGCAGCGAUGAUGACUGUAACUUCUUCGACUGUUCAUCCAGGUGUAACCUGAACAAACGCAGGUGCAGCCCCCGCCGCAGGAACAGCAACCUGCAGGUGAUUUGUGAGAAGAUUUUCAGGCCGUGGUUUUCUCCCACACUGCUCGGAGCCAAAGCAGGACUCCCUCUGCAGGUGGAGCUGCAGCGAGCCGUGCAGGAGUGUUCAGAGACAGACGGAGGUGUAGAGGAAAGAGAGGAUGGAGGAGGAGGAGGACGAGGAGGAAGAGGCAGGGAUGUCCAUCAGCGCCUCCUCAACAUCCUGACCCGCCUCCUCCAGGAGGGAGAGGCUUCAGAUGAAGGGGGAGGGGCCUGGGAGACAAAAGGCCACACCCACACCGCACUGAACUUCUGAGGUGGUGAAGCGAAGGCCGACAGGGACCUAAGAAGAGCACUACAGAGGAAGGAUACUCAGAAAUACACAAGCACAUUCUUCAGACGUUUUUCAGGAAGAAAAACAUUAAUGUUUCUGCGCCAAAAGUUUCUUCUUGGGCAAGUUUUGAAAUGCUCAUCCUGGAAUCAAAUGACUCAUUGAGAGAAAACAACAUGCUUGUUUACGUGUUGGCUGAUGGGAGAGAUUUAGCUUAUUCUUUAGGUCAAUAUGGAUGCUUAUUCUUGGAUCAAUAUGCAAAUCAAACAAGAUAUAGAUUCACAAGGAAAUAUGAUGCAUUGCUGAGACAUAUUCAGGAUUUUAUCUGAGCGAAUAUAAAUAUAAAAUUCAUGGACAAACGUAUGUGGAAACUCCUGUUGUGUAUAUUUGGUCUGAGUUUAGUUUGGGCCUCUCAGUACCUAAGAAGGGAAAAUUUAAUGUAGUAUGCAAUGAUAUUUUUGUUUGUUUCCAACUUUGUGUCAACAGUUUGUGUUUGUCCUUUUCCUGUUUCAACAUAACAAUGCCUCCGAGCACAAAGCCAGCUCCAUAAAAAAUGCUUUUCUCAGUUUGGUGUGGGAGAACUUGAACUGGAACGUAGACUCACUGGUGCUUUUGUUUCCAAGUGGGAGCAAAUCCUGCAGCCAGGUUCCAACAUCUGGUGGAAAGACUGGAGCCAGGAGAGGAGAGGCUGUAAUGUUUGGGUGUCCACGUACUUUGUUUGUUGUCAGGGAGUGUUUGGACUUCAUGUCAGUCUUCUAUCUAGACAUAAACUUUAGGGCUGCAACUAACAAUUAUUUUGUUAUCAAUUAAUCUGCCAAUUAUUUUCUCAAUUAAUUGUUUUAUCUAUAAAAUGAAAAGAAAGAUAUUCAGUUUACUAUCGUUUUUGACAAAGAAAAGCAUCAAAUCACCACAUAUGAGAAGUUAAACAUGCCUAAAACAGUUACUUGAUUUAUCAAAGUACAGCAGUCAAAGAUUAUUUCUCUGUCAAUUGUUGCAGCUCUAAUAAACUCUGAAGAUGUUGUGUUUGGGGAAACAUCCAGGCCAGGACUGGAUGGAUGGAGAGAGCUCAGUGAUGCCUUAAGUGUCUCCUCAUCAGAGGAAUAUAUUAUGGGUCGAGUGUCAGCGGAUCCUCUCUGAUUUUUUUUCUUCCUUAACUUAAAGGCACCCUGUGGAGUUUUUGUCCUUCAGUAGUGCUGUGGAGCAGUUUUUUAUGAGUCAGUCUCCAUUGUCUUUAUUUUGGGUGACACCUUCCUUCCAAUGUUAUCACACGAUUAUAAUGAUCCACAGGUGAUUCAUGAGGAAGUGCACGUUUGUUAGAGCCCGAGGAUACAGAUAUAGAUAUAGAGAUAUAUACAUAUAUAUAUAGAGAGAGAGAGUUUGGUGAUUUAACACUUGAUGUAAAGAUAAACUCCACAGGUUACCUUUAACCAGCUAGUCUCAGUGAGAUUUUAAAAACCUCUCUUGUUUGAAGAGAGACUGUGGUAAGAAAACAUCUGUUUACAUAAAGUGUAAAUGCUGUAAAAGCUGCAGAUAAGAUGUAACAAUGUAGAAAAUGUAUUAAUCACUAAUAACACCAGUUAUUUGGUGAAUUAAUGGCUUUAUUGGUCAAUUUAAGGUUUUCAGAUCGGCUGCAUUUCAGCCUUUUGAAGACAGAUAACUGAUAUUUUUUGACUGAAGCUGCUCCAAUUCAACAAUAUGAAUUUCUUCCUCAUGAUAUCUUUAUUUUGUACAUUCGAUCUGUCUGAUUAAUUUUGGUUAAAUCCAUGAUGGUGAGAGUGAUACUGUAAUAAAGGUCAACAGGGACAGAAUACAGUUUGUUUAUUUAAAUGAGUGAUUAAUGUUGCUGUUUGUCAGAAAAACGUCCUUAUUUCAUAUUCUAAUAAAAAAGUGUCCCGGCCCCUAAAAAUCAGAUUUUCAGCAAGCUCAGAUAAAAACUUUCCUCCUUCAGCAGAUGAAUGUAAAUACAUCAUUCUGCACAGAGAAGAGAACAACAUCCAGCUGAAGGAACAAGAGGAAAAACACAGUUUUGAGUGAAGUGGGACUUAAACUUUCCACCAAAUUUCAGUGAAAUCCUGCUAACAGACAACCAAAAAAGACUGUUAACAUUCUAGCUGGUAAUAUUCACCAAGUUUAAAAGCGUCAUGCAGCCUUGUGGCGCUUCUGUAGAAAACAGAAAGGAUAAAAGAUAUAAAAUAACCACCUUCAUCCUUCAGCAGCACACAAAGCAGCAGUGGUUCAUUUGUGUUUUUGUGUUUUGUUUGUGCUGCAGUUGGACUGGAUCUCAAGGGUGUUGUGAUAUAACCGAGUCAGCUUAAUUUUAAUGUGUAGCAGCUAAAUGGUCUCACUAAGACCAGCCUUCUGAAAAUAGACUGACGAAACCUAAGUACCAUUUGUUUUCAUAUGCACAGUUCAG